AUGACAACAAAUUCACAUACUACAACAUCGCCCUCGCCGAUGAUACAAACCACCACAGCAGAGAUAAUCUCAAGUCCUGACACCACAGCUACUGCUGUCCCCACCACCACCGCCAUACCAACCCCCAGUGGAAGAACCAUUACUGAGACAGCAUCGCAACAGACAGACACUAAUACUGAUAUCACCAACGCAGCAGCACUACCUGCAGACCUCUCCAUCACAAGUCAGGCCACAGCUGUCACUGCACAAACAACCAGUGCGCAGUCAUCGACGGCAACACUACAUGCUACAGAGACCACUGCUCACAAACUACUGGAAGCACCAACCACAGCAGCAGACACUAGCGAAACACUCACUACACAAAAAGUUAUACAAUUGUCAACAACUACACACCCAACUGCCUCACAACUGGCAACAACAGCUGCUGCUGCAACUACAGACAAUCCAGAAACUCUAAAUGCCCAUAUUUCCACCGAACAAUCAGAAGCUGCGGAGGCAACAACCACAGCUCCAGCAAUUCCAUCCGAAACACAAACUAACAAGAUAUUGUUGCAACAAUCGGACACUACAGAAGGGCAACCGCCAGCCACACAAGCCGCCACUACACCAACUCCAAGUCCUCCGACAGCGACCCAAAAAUCGAUACAUCCCGAAGGUACUGGUCAACAGACAGUAACAACAGCUGGAGUAGCAGCCGACACCGGAACAUCAAGUGCUCCCACAGUCAUGCAAACAUCAGUACCUGCCAUAGCCGCAGCUUCAGAACCAGCAACGACAGUCACCACAGCAGCGAAUACCGAAACUUCACCUAUUCAGACUGUCCCCGAAGUAACGACAGUCACCGCAGCAGCGAAUACUGAAACACAAAGUAUCCAGAUAGAGAUGAAAAUAUCCACACCUCAACAGGUAACUGAACCGGAUGUCGUGUCAACAGCAACCGCCGCGGUACCCACUACCGGUACCACUAGCGCACAGAGAGCGCCGCAACCAUCAACAGCCGCAGAGGCUAUUUCUCCACAACUAGCAGUCACAACUGAGGCGGGAGCAGCAACUGCAGAAACACCUAGUGCUCAGAGAGCGACGGUACCAUCAAUAGCUACCGAGCCUAUAUCUCUGGAACUAGCAGCAACAACUGCGGCAGCACCCGCUACUGCAGGACAACUGAGUACCCAACUCGCGACUAAACCAUCCAACGCUCCUGAGGUUAUAUCUCGGGAACAAGCAGCAACAAUUCCCGCAGCGACAGGAGCUUCUAACACACCUAGUACUCAAACAGCGACAGAACCAUCAACAGCUGCAGAGACUACUUCUCCGAAGCUACCAGGAACAAUUGCUGCAGCAGCAGACACUCCCCAAACAUCUAGUGCCCAGAUAUCGACAGAACCAUCAAUAGCUUCCGAGACUAUUUCUCAGGAACAAACAGCAACAACUGAGGCAGCAGCAACUCCAGAACUAGCUGAUGCCCAGAGACCCACGGCACCAUCAACAGCCGUAGAGUCUACUUCGCCGCAAGUAGCAGCAACUCCAGGAACACCUAGUGCACAGAUUACGACUGAACCAUUUACAGCUACCGUGACUAUUACUGGGGAACAAGCAGGAACAACUGUCGGAGCGUCAGCACCUCCAGAAACACCAAGUGCACCAAUAGCGACGCCACGAUCCGCAGCAGCUGCCACUAUCUCUCUUGAACUAGCAGCAACACCUGAUACCUCGCCAGCAACUCUAGAAACACCUACUGUCCAGAUAACCACUGAACCAUCGACAACUACAGUGACUAUUACUCGUGAACAAGCAGCAACAACUAUCGACACAGCAGCAACUUCCAAAAGUCCUAGCGUACAGAUAGCGACGGGAUCAUCAGCAGCUUCCGAGACUGUUUCUCUCAAAGAAGUAGGAACAACUCCAGCAGCAGGAACGCUACAAACACCGAAUGCCCUCAUAGGGACGGAAUCAUCAGCAACUUCCGAAACGGUUUCACUCAAACAACCAGGGACAACUCAAGCAGAGGGAACUGCACAAACACAGAGUCCGCAGAUAGUGACAGAAGCAUCAACAGCAUCCCAGACUCUUUCGAUCAAACAACCAGCAACAACUCAGUCAGCGGGAACUCCAGAAACACCGAGUGCCCAGAUAGAAAAAGAAUCAUCGACAGCUGCCGACACUGUUUAUCUCAAAGAACCAGGAACAACUCAAUCAGGAGGAACUGCACAAACACUAAUCGCGCAGAUAGUGACGGAAGCAUCGACAGCUUCCCAGACUAUUACUAUCGAAGAACCGGCAAAAACCGAGGCAGCAGGAACUCCACCAACACCAAUUGCACAGACAGUGACGGAACUAUCAACAGCCUCCCAGACUGUUUCUCUCAAAGAAACAGGGACAACCGAGGCAGCAGGAACGUCACAAACAUCGAGAGCCCAGAGCGUGAGUCAAGCAUCAAGAGCUUCUCAGACUGUUUCUAUCAAAGAACCGGAAACAACUGAGGCAGCAGCAACUCCACAAACACCGAGUGCGCGGAUAGCGACUGAAGCAUCAACAGCUUCCCAGACCGUUUCUCUCACAGUCAUAGGCAAACCUGAAGCACCAAGAACCCCACAAACACCAAGUACCGAGAUACUGAAGGAACCGUCAACAGCCUCCCAGACAGUUUCUCUCAAAGAACCAGGAACAACACAAACAGGAGCAACUGCAGAAACGCCGAGUACACAAAUAAUGACGGAAGGAUUCACAGCGUCCAAGACGACUCCUAUCAAACAACAAACAACAACCGAGGCAGCAGGAACUCCACCAACACCAAGUGCCCAGAUACUGACGGAACAAUCAACACACUCCCAGAGUGUUUCGAUCAAACAAGCAGGACCAACAGAGGCAGCAGGAACGUCAGAAACACUGAGUGCGCAGAUAGUGACCGAAGCAUCAACAACUUCUCGCACUGUUUCUAUGAAACAACCGGAAACAACUGAGGCAGUAGCAACUGUACAAACACAGAAUGCGCCGACAGUGACUGACGCAUCAACAGCUUCCGAAACGGUUCCUCUCAAAGAACCAGAAACAAGUGAGGCAGCAGGAACGUCACAAACACCAAGUGUCCAACUAGCGACGGAAUCAUCAGCAACUUCAGAAUUGGUGUCCAUCAAAGAACCAGGAACAACGCAAGCAGAAGGAACCGCACAAACACCAACUGCACAGAUAGUGCUGGAAGCAUCGACAGCUGGCCAGACUAUUACUAUGAAAGAACCAGCAACAACACCGGCAACAGGAACUCCACAAACGCCGAGUGCCCAGAUAGCGACGGAAUCAUCAACAGCUUCCCAGAGUGCUUAUCUCAAAGAACUAGGAACCACUCAAGCAGUAGGAACGCCACAAUCACCAAGUACCCUAAUAGGGACGGAAUCCUCAGCUGCUUCCGAAGCGGUUUCUAUGAAACAACCAGGAACAAGUGAAACAGAAGGAACUGCACAAACACCGAGUUUGCAGAUAGUGACUCAAGCAUCAACAGCUUCCGAGACUCUUUCGAUCAAACAACUAGCAACAACUCAGUCAGCGGGAACUCCAGAAACACCCAGUGCCCAGAUAGAAAACGAAUCAUCGACAGCUUCUGACACGGUUUCUCUCAAAGAACCAGGAACAACUCAAUCAGGAGGAACUGGACAAACACCAAGCGGGGAGAUAGUGACUGAAGCAUCAACAGCGUCCCAGACUGUUACUAUCGAAGAACUGGUAAAAACCGAGGCAGCAGGAACUCCACCAACACCAAUGGCACAGAUACUGACGGACCUAUCAACAACCUCCCAGACUGUUUCUCUCAAAGAAACACUAACAACUGAGGCAGCAGCCACGUCACAAACACCGAGAGCCCAGAGCGUGACUCAAGCAUCAAGAGCUUCUCAGACUGUUUCUAUCAAAGAACCGGAAACAACUGAUGCAGCUGCAACGCCAGAAACACCCAGUGCGCCAAUAGUGACUGCAGCAUCAACCGCUUCCCAGACCGUUUCUCUCAAACAAGUAGGUACAACUGAAGCUGCAGGAACGUCAGAAACACCGAGUACCGAGAUAGUGAAGGAACCAUCAACGGCCACCCAGACUGUUCCUCUCAAAGAACCAGAAACAAGUGAGGCAGCAGGAACGUCACAAACACCAAGUGUCCAACUACCGAUGGAAUCAUCAGGAACUUCCGAAUUGGUGUCUCUCAAAGAACCAGGAACAACGCAAGCAGAAGGAACUGCACAAACACCGAGUGCACAGAUAGUGAUGGAAGGAUCAACAGCUUCCCAGACUAUUACUAUCGAAGAACCGGCAAAAACCGAGGCAGCAGGAACUCCACCAACACCAAUGCCACAGAUAGUGUUGGACCUAUCAACAGCCUCCCAGACUGUUUCUCACAGAGAAACACUAACAACUGGGGCAGCAGCCACGUCACAAACACCGGGGGCCCAGAGUGUGACUGAAGCAUCAACAGCUUCUCAGACUGUUUCUAUGGAACAGUCGGAAACAAGUGAGGCAGCUGCAACUUCACAAACACCCAGUGCGCGGAUAGUCACUGAAGCAUCAACAGCUUCCCAGACCGUGUCUCUCAAACAAGUAGGUACAACUGAAGCUGCACAAACGCCACAAACACCGAGUGCCGAGAUAGUGAAGGAACCAUCAACAGUCACCCAGACUGUUUCUGUCAAAGAACCGGGAACAACGCAAGCAGAAGGAACUACACAAACACCGAGUGCACAGAUAGUGACGGAAGGAUUAACAGCUUCCCAGACUGUUUCUAUCAAGCAACCAGCAAUCACUGAGGCAGUGGGAAGUCCACAAACACCCAGUGCCAAGAUAGAAAAGGACUCAUUGACACUUUCCGACACUGUUUUUCUGAUAGAACCCGGAGCAACGCAAACAGGAGAAAGUGCACAAACCGCGACCACGCAGAUAGUGGCGGAAGGAUCGACAGCUUCCCAGGCUAAUACUCUCAAGCAACCAGCAACAACUGAGGCAGCAGGAACUCCACAAACGCCGAUUGCCCAAAUGGCGACGGAAUUCUCCACAGCGUCGCAAAGUGUUUCUCUGAUAGAACUAGGAACAACUCAAACAGGAGAAACUACUGAAGCACCGAGUGCACAAAUAGUGAGGGUAGGAUCCACACCUUCGAAAACUGCUUCUAUCAAACAUCCUGUAACAACCGAGGUAGCAGGAACACCACCAACACCAAGUGCCGAGAUAGUGACACAACAAUCAACAGCCUCCCACACUGUUUCCAUCAAUCAAGCAGGAACAACUGAGGGAACAGGAACGUCAGAAACAACAGGUGUUCAAACAGCAACGGAAUCAUCAGCAGCUUCGACGAUUGUUUCUCUAACAGACUCGGGAACAACUCAAGCCGGAGCAGUGACACAACCACGUACGGCCCAGACAGGGACGGAAUCAUUAACAGCUUCCGAUAGUGUCUAUCUCAAAGAACCAGAAACAACUGAAAGACCACGAACUGCAGAAACAGCGAGUGGACAGAUAGUGACUGAAGUAUCGACAGCUUCCCAGGCUGUUUCUCUGAAACAAUCAGCAACAACCGACGCAGCAGGAACUCCACCAACACCAAGUGCCCAGAUAGUGACGGAAUUGUCAACAGCUUCCGAGACCGUUUCUCUCAAAAAAGUAGGAACAACGGAACCAGUAGGAACGCCACAAACACCGAUUCCCGUGACAUGGACGGAGCCAUCAACAGCUUCCGAGAGUGUUUAUCUUCUAGAACCGGCAACAACUCAAGGAGGAAGAACUGCAGAAACACCGAGUGCACAGAUAAUGACGGGAGGAUCGACACCUUCCCAGACUGUUUCUAUCGAACAGGUAGGAGCAACUGUGGCAGCAGGAACGUCACAAACACCGAGUGCCCAAAUAGCGACUGAAGCAUCUGCAGUUCCUCAGGCUGUUUCGACCAAACAACCGGCAGCAACUGAAGCAGCAGAAACUCCACAAGCACCGAGCGCCGAGAUAGUGAUGGAACCAUCAACAGGCUCCCAGACUAUUUCUCUCCGGGAUCGAGAAACAACUCAGGCAGUAGGAACGUUGCAAACACCAAGUGUCGAAAUGGCGACGGAAUCAUCAGUAGCUUCCGAGACUGGUUCUCUGAAAGAACCGGAAACAACUCAAGCCGCAGAAACUCGACAAACGCCGAGGGCGCAAAUCGCGACGGAAUCAUCAGCGGCUUCCGAAACGGUUUCUCUGAAAGGAGCAGGAACAACGCAAGCUGAGGGAACUGCACAAACACCGAGUGCGCAGAUAGUGACUGAAUCAACAAUAGCUUCGCAUAGUGUUUCUAUCAAGGAACUAGCAACAACUCAGGCAGGGGAAACUCCACAAACACCGAAUGGACAAAUAGAAAAGGGAUCAUCAACAGCUUCCGACACUGUUUAUCUCAAAGAACCAGGAACAACUCAAAUAAGGGGACGUGCACAAACACCAACACCAACUGCGCAGAUCGUGGCUGAAGCAUCGACAGCUUCCCCUACUAUUACUAUCAAAGAAUCAGAAACAACCGAGGUAUCAGAAACUCCAUCAAUACCAAGUGUGCAGACAGUGACGAAACAAUCAACAGCCUCCCAGACUGUUUCGAUUGAACAAGCAGGAACAACUGAGGUAGCAGGAACAACUGGGGCAGCAGGAAGGUCACAAUCACCGAGUUCCCAGAUAGCGACGGAAUCAUCAACAGCUUCCGAGAGUGUUUAUCUGAAAGAGCCAGAAACAACUCAAAGAGGAGGAACUGGAGAAACAUCGAGUGCACAGAUAGUGACGGAAGGAUCGACAGCUUUUCAGACGGUUUCUAUCAAACAACCAGCAACGACUGAGGCGGCAGCAACUCUACAAACACCGAGUUCCCCUAUAGCGACUGUAUCAUCAACAGCGUCCGAGACGGUUUCUCUGAAGGAACCAGCAACAACUGAGGUUACAGAACCUCCGGAAAUCCCCAGUGCCCAUAUUCCGACGGAAUCAUCAACAACUAGCGGGACUGUUUCUCUCAAAGAAGUGGGAUCAACUGAAGGAGCAGGAACGUCACAAACAUCGGGUGCGCUGAUAAUGACGGAAUCAUCAACAGCUUCGGAAACUGUUUCUCUCAAAGAACCAGAGACAACUGAAGCUGGAGAAACUACAGAAACAGCUAGUUUGGUGCUUGCCACUUCAUCAUCAGCAGGUUCCGAGACUAUUUCUCUGAAACAAACAGCAACAACUGAGGCAACAGGAACUCCACAAACACGAAGUUCCCCGAUAGCGUCGGAAUCAUCAACAGUGUCCGAGACUGUUUCUGUCAAGCUACUAGCAACAACUGAGGUUGCAAAACCUCCACAAAUACCAAGUGGCCAGGUUGAGACGGAAUCAUCAACAAGUACCGGGACUGUUUCUCUCGAAGAAGGAGGAACAACUGUAGCAGCAGGAAGUCCACAUACAUCGAGUGCGCAGGCAGUGACGCAAGCAUCAACAGCUUCGCAGACUUUGUCUAUUAAACAACAAGCAACAACUGAGACAGUAGGAACCUCAGAAACACCGAGUGCCCAGAUAGCAAUAGAAUCAUCAACAGCUUCGGAGACUCUUUCUCUCAAAGAAUCGGGAACAACUGAACGAACGGGAACGCCGCAAACGCCGAGUGAUCUGUUAGCGACGGAAUCAUCAACAGCGUUCGAGACUGUUUCUCUGAAGGAACCAGCAACAACUGAGUUUGCAGAACCUCCUCAAAUACCUAGUGGCCUGAUUGCGACGGAAUCAUUACCAACUACCGGGAGUAUUUCUCUCAAAGAACUAGGAAUAGCUGAAGCAGCAGGAACGCCACAAACACCGAGUCCCCUGAUAAGGACGGAAUCAUCAACAGCUGCAGGAGGUACUUUGCCGGAGCUAGCAGGAACGACUGAUAGAGCAGCGACUCCACAAACACCGAGUUCCGCUAUAGCGACGGAAUCAUCAACAGCUUCCGAGACUACUUCUUGGAAAGAUCGAGGAACAACGGAAGCAGCAGGAACUCCACAAACAUCUAGUGGCCACGUAUCGACGGAAUCAUCAAUAGGUUCGGAGGCUGUUUCUAUGAACCGACCAGCAACAACUGAGGCAGCAGGAACUCCUGAAACACCUAGUGUGCAGAUUGCGGCGGAAUCGUCAACAGCGGUACAGGGUACUUCUCUGGAGCUAGCAGCAGCAACUGGGGCAGGAGGAACUCCAAAAACACCUAGUGCCCAGAUAGCGACGGAACAAUCAACAGCGGUAGAAACAACUGUUCUUGUUCUAGGAGGAACAACUGUGGCAACGGCAGCGAUACCUGAAACACCAAGUGCUCAGAGAACGACGGAACGAAUAACAGGUUUAAAUGACGCUGAAACCCCAGCAGCUGUAGCGGCAACUUCAAGUUCUGAAUUAAGUAGUACAGCAACAGGAACAAGUCUAGUAAAUAGAGAAGGUACAGUUGCUUCUACGGAGAGUGUGGCAACUUCUCUGAAAACGACAACAGCUCAACGUAUGGUAGCAGCUUUGAUUACGUCGGCUGAGAAACUUGUCGGUAGUACUGUUGAAACCACGAGAGAAAGUACAGUUAGGACGAGUACUGGAAGUAGCGAAACAACAGCUGCUAGUUUCUUUGGAGCUCUGAUCGUAAGACCCCUGAACAGGGUGGUCGUUAGAAGAACAACAACGGUUGCGACAGAGACACAGGAACGCAUGGAAAUCGCUAACGCUGGUAAGUACUAUCCUUAG